CGGUCACGAACCGCUUGUGGGUUUCCGGUGUCGACUAUCAUCGUUACUAUCUUCGGUCUGCUCCUGGUCUUUGGCAUUGUGCAAUCGUACUUGACGCUUCAGAUUGACCCCCAAGGAUGCAAGACACCUAGUAUGCUGCCAACAUACAUCAAAUUGGGAGGAUUUGAUACGGAACAUACCCGAUUCGCUAGCAAGUACAAUCUUUAUUUGUAUCGAGAACGAGGUGUAGACGACUACAGCGAGGAAGAUAUCGGGGUAUGCUACCUUUUUCCCAGACUCAUGGCACAGAAAUGUCAAUGGUAACUGACUAACAUGGAUUUCGUUCCUCUAGCUCAAAGGAGUUCCGGUUCUCUUCCUCCCGGGAAACGCAGGAAGCUACCGACAGGGCCGGUCGCUUGCUUCCGAAGCCUCCUUGUACUUUCAUAAUGUACUGCAACAUGACCAGGACCGCGUCAAGGUCGGUACCAGGAGCUUGGAUUUCUUCAUGGCAGACUUUAAUGAAGACAUGGCUGCUUUCCAUGGACAGACCAUCCUCGACCAGGCAGAAUACAUCAACGACGCGCUGUCCUACAUACUGUCGCUGUACCAUAACCCCAACCGAGCUAGAAGAGAUACCGAUCUGCCAGACCCAGUGUCUGUCAUACUGAUAGGUCACUCUAUGGGCGGAAUUGUUGCUAGGACAGUCCUGACCAUGGCCAAUUAUCAGGCCAACUCUGUGAAUUCCAUCAUCACCAUGUCCACACCGCAUGCCAGACCACCCGUAUCAUUCGAUUCCGACCUGAUGAGCACCUAUAAACAGAUCAACUCCUACUGGCGCGAAGCCUAUUCAGAGAGAUGGGCCAAUAAUAAUCCAUUGUGGCAUGUCACCCUCAUAUCCAUUGCUGGCGGUGGAGGGGACACCAUUGUACCUUCAGACUACACAAGUUUAUCCUCCUUGGUGCCCGAUACCCAUGGUUUCACCGUCUUUACCAGUACAAUUCCCAACGUUUGGACCGGAGUAGAUCACCUUUCAAUUGCAUGGUGUGACUCCUUCAGAAAAGCCGUUGUUCGGGCCCUCUUUGAUGUUAUUGACGUUCGACGCGCUACCCAAACGAAGCAACGAGCCGAGCGCAUGAGUAUAUUCAGGAAGUGGUUUCUUACCGGUAUUGAACCAAAUGCUGAUAAGCUCCUGCCAAGCAAAGGUAAGAUUUAAGCCAUAUUGUGUUACAUCCGCUAUCACCAGACUAACAGGCACCAUAGAACCAACUACUUUAUUGACCCUUGAAGAAAACGCCAACGCAAUGUUAAAACAAGGUGAACGCUUGGUCUUGCGCGGACUCGGCCAUCACGAAGGCCCUAAAGCCCAUCUAAUCCCUGUUCCCCCAAGAGGAGGCGUUCCUGGCAAAAAAUUCACCCUCUUGACAGAUCAGCGGGUCGAACCUUCAGGGUCCGGAAAGCUUGAAAUUCUGUUUUGCAGCGAUCCCCCCUCUCGCGCUGGGCAAUCCGCGACGUUGCUUUCCCUGAACCUUGAUCUAUCCGGCGGCAACGCUGCUUCACCUCGCCUAGUGUGCAAAAGCAGCUAUGAGGACGUGAUAAACAUUCCAGCAUCAAACAAGAAUUCAAAAGCCGCUUUUGAUGACGCUCAACCAUUUUCGUAUUUCCAAUACAGCCUAGAAGACCUUACGGAGUAUCAGUUUGUGGCCAUCGUCGAUAAGCACGAGAAGGCUACUCCCGGGUUUCUGAUUGCAGAGUUCUCUGACAGCUCUGACUCAGUAAUUCCGACAAGAGUUAGCCUGGGUCGGCUUCUUAGCGCUGGCUUAACCAUCCUGCUGCCAGCCGACAGGCCAAUGGUGACGGAUAUCAAGGUUCCAGCUCUGCGUUCCAGCUUGCUCGCCUAUAAACUUAAGCUCAACAGGCAAGGAUGCAAACCCGACUCGGAGCUAUUUGCGCCCAUCGUUCGCCAGUAUAUAUCUGAUCCGUAUGAAUCCAAGUUUUUCGUCAACGUAAAAGCGAUUGACGUUAAUCUCCAUGGAGUUGCGCCGUAUAUGCCUCCGCAUAUUAGGGAAAAUGCAGCCGGAAUUGGCGUAUCCUUUGAGCUGUGGUCAGAUCGGAGCUGCAGCGCGCCACUUCAGAUAUCGCUGCAAGUGGACGUGCUGGGAAGCUUGGGUAGGCUUGCAAUGAGAUAUCGAACCGUCUUCGCUGCGUUCCCCCUGGUCAUUGUGGCAAUGGUCCUCCGCAAGCAAUUUAGAGUAUACGAUCAAACAGGUAAGAAGACAACCUCAACUUUGACUAUAUGGCGUUCUCCUUACUUACUGCUAUGCAAAGGCGUUUUUAUCAACUUUUCUGAAAGUUUAGAACUAUGUAUCCGGUCUUCUUUACCUCUUACCUUCCUUGGCUUCUCACUUUUGGCUACCACUCUGGCAACAUCCAAGUCCGUUGUAACCCAGGGGGUACAAUCAAGUUGGCAGUCAAACGCAACAGAGACACCGAUAGACUAUGGGAAAAAUGAUCUUCUGCUAGGCUCCCAGGACACUUUCUUCUGGUUCUUGGUGCCUCUUUUCGGCAUCAUUAGCGUUGGUGCAUGUGUUGUUGUCCAUUAUGCUGCCACAACCAUCAUCUAUCUCCUUGGGCUUCUUCGAUCCACCGUGGCUGCUCAACAGGGCUAUAUCAAGCAUGAAAACGGAAAGACUGCGCCGCUACUGUGGAGUUUAUCUACAAGACAUAGGAUAGUUAAUGCCGUGAUUCUGCUGUUCCUAGUAGCUACUGUCAUCCCGUACCAGUUUGCGUACGUGGUAGCCUGUAUCGUUCAGUUAAUCACUUGUGUCCAAGCCUCUUCUCAUGCUCGUGAAACGGUAAGUUAAAAGCAUGCAGACUCACUCUUUCAUUAGCCGAUAAUUGCUGACUUGGACCAAGCGAUCGGGCAACCAUGCCAACCUAAGCAACUUUGCACAUUCGAUUCUCAUCCUAAUGCUUUGGAUUCUUCCGAUAAACAUCCCUGUCCUCAUCGUUUGGGGCCACAACCUCGCCGUACACUGGUUCACGCCCUUCUCCUCCCACCAUAAUGUGUUAUCAAUAAUGCCUUUCAUUCUUCUCGUCGAAACCCUGACCACCGGAGCCAUGAUACCACGGGUUACAUCGAAGUAAGUAUCCUUAUUCUCAGUCCUUGUCCCUCGACAAGCAUUGGUCUAACGUCAUUCUCAGCUUUAAACAUAUCACAUCCGGCCUAUUUUUCUUCCUUGCAGUAUACGCCGCGAUAUAUGGCGUCACAUACGCUUACCUGCUACACCAUAUUGCCAACUUCGUCGUCACCUGGCUUGUGGUACUCUAUUUAUUCGGAAACGGCCUUUACAUACCAAGCAUCGAUCGAAUAACCCGUCUACCAGACUUCGCCGACACCGACUUUUCGAACGGUCACAUCAAAAAGCUGCCUUGAUUCCUUUUCGCCUGUUACAGCGAGUGUUAGUUAACAUACGCAACAACGUACAUAUGACGGUCUAUUUGUUUCAUGAGAACACAGCAUCGCAUAUAUAGAAGCCUCUGCAUCUUCUUUCGGCCUCCAUUCCCAGCUGCCCUUUUUCAUUUACGGCAUAGCCUCUUUUAAUGAAUUCUGUGACAGUAUAUUUCCC